AUGCUCUACACUCCCAAAGUACAGCUACUCGAGUCCACAAUCAAUACCCCUUCGCGCCAUAUGUCCGAUAUAAUCACACCGGAAGAUGCCAACCUCUGGCUCCCAUCAGCUCUUUGUAGCAAGUCCAUGGUUCCUAAUGCUCGACUUGUCUCAACCGAGUGGGAGUUGCGGUAUGCUCAGGCUGGUGAUGCUCUUGAAGAAAUCCAACAGAGCCUCCACAUGUGUGGCUACAUGUACUCAUUCAAAUGGGAUUGGAUUCGAGGCCAGAGUGCAAAUACUUGCAUGCAGAACGCUGUCAGCCGUGUUGAAGUGAAGACUGCAGCUGCAGCAGAUAAAUAUUGCACCGCUCACACAGCUCUCUCAUCUCUCGCACCAGUGGUCGGUAAGAUUGGCUGGGAUAAUACAUUUAAAGUGCUUGACAGAAACAAUGAUGUACAUGGGAUGUCAGCUCCAAGGCAUGGAGAGAGCGAAGGUCGAAGGCAACUGUCAUGGAUCUGGUUAGUUGAGGGUGUCGGAGAUGAUGCAGAUGAGGCAAUACAAGACGGUCUUAAACUCAAAUGGUGCAAAGCUCGAGCUAGGGCUGCACACUGGGUAGAAGAAGUAGAGCUCCUUCAGGAGGAGAUGUGCAGGGUGGUGUGCUUUCUUAGGUGGCAUGCAGGCUGGUGGAAAAAUAAGGUUGGAGAAUGUGCGCUCGUCAUUGCCAGCGACAACGAGAGUCUGAUAGCCUAUGAAGGUCUGGUGGAAUAUGCCCAUCGCCAGGCCCAGCUCAGGCAUGAUCUGGCUGACUGCUUUGACAGGAUAUGGGCAAUACAUCUCCUACCUGCAGCUACCUCUACUAGCAUGACAAGUUCGAGUAGCGCUUGUCAAGAUCACUUUCCAGAUCUCCACCUUCCAGAUGCUGUGCUUCACCCUUGA